CCCAACCAAAAACCAACUAACGACCAACAUGAACCCAGUCAUCCUCAUCUCACUCCUCAUCACCAUCCAAUCAGUCUUCAUCAAACUAAUCUCAUCAACCUGGUCACCACUCACCAACCUACUCUCGAUCCAAAUCAGAUCACUCUCCUACCUCUUCCUCAGAUGGAUACCAGCACACCAUCUCCCGAUCGCCAUCCCAUCCCUCUUCUUAAUCUACGCUCUGGCUUGGUCUCAACAUCACUCUCAAUUGAAACAAGCGUACUCCGAGGAAGAAUCAGAUGAUCCACAAGAAGAAGAAGAACAAGAUCAACGAGAAGAUGAUAUCUUGAACGAGGAUCACCUUCCAGUUAUCUCCUCAACCCCUCAAAACACGCCACCAUCAUCCAUCUCAAAAUCAAAGAAGAACAAGAAAUCAAAAAACAAUCCUCAACAACAAUCUCCAAACGAUCUCACAACCACAACCACAGCAACAACUUACACAGAAACCGACCAUCUGAUCCCCAAGCCAGGAUCCAACAUCAAGAGGAAGAAGACAACUCAAAAGCAGAAGAAUCCCAAUCAACAACACCCGAACCAUCCCGUCAAGUCCUUCCUCAAAUCGACCAUAGGACUCACCACCACCAACACAUCAGCCAACAAAUUCACACUGAUCAUCAACACCAUCCUCACCUUAUUCUGCCUCGAUGCGACGUUUCGGACGAGUGUGUUGGAUGGACAGGAGGAUUUAAGCUUCAGUAGAGUCGCGGCGAUCGGCGAAACUUGGGCCAAAGUCCAUGCUAGAAUCCCUCCUAUUGUCUAUCCUUCUUCUUCUUCUUCUUCUUCUGAAAAACAAGAAACCGAUUUUACUACCGGUGGUGCUCAGCUCGUUUAUCGGCCGAUGAAGCCGAUCGGUAAUUGGUUCAUCGGGCCUCAGUUGAUCUCCACUAAUCAAUCCGAUUGGAUGACUGUAGGAAAAAUCGACAAUCUGAUCCCUGGUAACGCGUAUGAAUAUCGAUUGAAUUUAUUGGACGCGGUUCUCGAGCCUCAUCCGUACUUCGACUCUGUUGGGCACUUCCAAACCGCGCCUGAUUCGAGCAAACUAAGCGAUCCUAGAGCGGAUGGUGGAUCGUUUACAUUUGCCUACAGUAGUUGCAUCAAACCCGGAUUUCCAUACAAUCCAUUCCGGAAUCAAUUACAUAAUGAUGGCGCAGAACAGUUAGCCGAACAGGCCCGGAAACUCAAGUUGGAUUUCGUGCUCUUCUUGGGCGACUUUAUUUAUAUCGAUUCCCCUAUCUAUCUGGGCAACUCGAUUCGUCAUUACUGGAGGAAAUAUCGUCAAAGUUUGUCGACUACUGGCUGGAGAAAACUUAUGCAAUUUACGAGAACUAUUCAUAUUUAUGAUGAUCAUGAGAUAUAUAAUGAUUGGGCAGGAAAGGGGAACGACACGAAUGAGAUAUUCGAACCAGCGAACAAAGCCUAUCGAGACUAUCUAGGAGAAGGAAACUUUGAUGGGCCAGGAAAGGGGGAGAAUUACUAUUGGUUUCGGUAUGGAGAUGCGGGAUUUUUCGUCUGGGAUUGUCGCAGGUAUCGCAGCUCGAAUGAGCAGGUGGAUGAUCAUUCCAAAACGAUGUUAGGAGCUGAACAGAAGCAAGUUUUCUUGUCUUGGUUACAUGCUGUUAACUCAACUGUCACUUUUAAAUUCGUUGUCUCUUCUACUCCCUUCAUGAGUUUAUGGCUCGGCCCAGAUGGCGGAGUAGACACAUGGGCAGGCUUCUUAACCGAACGAAGUGAACUACUGGAUUCGAUGCAAUACGUCCCUAACUUGAUCGUCUUAUCUGGGGAUCGACAUGAAUUCGCGGCAGCUAGUAUUCGAGAUACAGUCAUCGAAUUCUCCACUUCUCCUCUGAAUCAGUUCUGGUUACCUAUCCGUACUUUAAGUCAAGAAAACGGUUUAGGUAAGACUGGGGAAGAUAAAUUGAUGAAAUAUAUCCCGAAUGGGAUCCAUAAGUUUUCUACUUUGAAUGUGGAUUGUAGAGAUCCUAUGAAGCCGGUUGUCAACUUCAAAUUAUUUAUUGACGAUGAACUUAGUUGGGAAUUGAAGUAUCUAGGAAAGCCAGUAAAAGAGGAGCCUAAACAAUUAGGACAACUGUUACCGACAUGGACCCAGUUCCUGAACCUGAUCAAACGUCCAAUCCAAUGGUUCUCUAGUGACUCGCACACCAGGGCUCCUUCCUUGACGCCCUCUUCCUCCUCAGAUGAACCUUCUGAGGAAGCAUCUUCUGAUUCUGAGAAUGCCUCUGAGGAAGAAGGACCGCUCAAUCAUGCUGAAAGUUCAGCUAGACCUAUCGACGAUGAAAUCUAAUUCAAUCCCCCCCCCCUUCUUUUAUAUAUAUAUAUAUAGUACUUACACAUCACUCUUUUCUUCUCCUUUUUGGUGAAGCAUCGGUUCUUCCAUCUUCUCUCUUUGUCUCUCAGUUGUCUUCUCGUAUCGUCUUUCUCUCUCCACCUCUCCUCACCUUCAAAAAAAAACAUGUUUGUUUAUAAGUAAAUCAAUCAAAUUAUAAAACUCUAGUUCAGUUGAUACAUGUUCAAUUUUUAUACACAUCUUCUUCCCCUUCUCCUUUCUGUUUUGUAUUGGCCUUUCUUUUUUUUUCAAAAAAAAAGAAAACUGUUCUCUGUGUCUUUUUUCCUUUCCUUCUGUCUGACUAUUCUUCCAAAUUAGUCAACCA